ACAAGUCCGCAAUCAUGAGUGAAUCUUCUGAAAGGCUUCCACCUGAAGUGAGGCAAAUGCUUUCAUCCAUGGAGCAAGAUGUUUCGUUUGCUAUUCAAACCGAUGCGCUCCUCAUAGAGCUGGCACAGGUGUUGUUUGAGAAGUACAAGGAUGAUCCCAGCAAGCAGGAUUUCAUCAGACAGAACUUGAGAGACAUGGGAAGACUCAGGUUAGCUCUUCAUAAAAAGUCCCUGCUUGGGUUUGCCGAUGCUCUCAGAGUACAUAGCUUCUUCAGAGUUGUUGACGCUGUCAAAUCCAUGGCUGGUUUUGAUGAAAAUAAGCAGAGCUUUGAAAAACCAAGUCUCGCAUUGAACUUAGGUAAUUUGUUGAAAAGAAUUGCCAUCCUAGUCAUCACUUCGAGGGACAGUGAGAAGAGCUUGGUGAGACAUGCAAAGCUAUUCAUUAAACGCUUUGCAACAGAUUGGUUCGAACUUGUCUCUCAACCAGCCAUCAUUUCAUUGACUGGACGGAAGACAAACAGUCCGUCUACGAUACCGUUUACACGUGACGCUCAGGCUUUCUACCUGUACCUGGAGAAAACGUACGCCUCUGCGAUUGAAAGCAUGGAGACGUCCAAAUGCCCCAAGGCCUACAGCACUCUAUGCAGAGUGACACUCGCUCAAGCAUCAAUCUUAAGCAAAUGCACAACUGAGAUAUCCGAAAUGACUGUGAAGGCAUUUCAGGAAAGAGACAGUGACACUCAAGUGCUGUCCAAACAUUUCACCAGAGUCAAUAUUCAGAACAAGACCGGCCAGACGGUAGCUGUUUUGUUGACCUCUGAUCUUUUCAGGGCGUUAACGUUGCUUGUGGAAAAAAGACAAUCGUGUGGUGUACAUGAUGCCAAUCCGUUUUUGUUUGCAAGGCCAGACUGCUCUUCCACAAGCCUCUAUCAUGCAGAGAGCUGCAUCAGGGACUUUUCAUCCCUCUGCGGGGCAAAGAACCCACAGCAUCUCAGAUCAAAGUUCCUUUACAAACACAUGGCGAGAAUUUUCCAGAUUCUCAACCUGGAGAAUGACGAACUCGAACACCUCGGCAAGCUCCUCGGCCAUGACAUCCGGACCGAGCAGGACUAUUAUCGAUCCCCAGAGGCAGUUGUUGAACUGGCAAAAAUUGCUAAACUCAUCCAGGCAAUGGAGAAGGGCUCACUUGAAGGAUUCAAGGGAAAUUCUCUGGAGGAAGUUGAGAUUGAAGAUGAACUGGAGCCAGACGUGGAGCAGAAAACUGGGGACGCUGGUGCUGAAGCGAACAUUGUGACUCCAGAUCCUUUAUGUCUGCAAAGACGUACGUUGGAAGCAGAAGAUGUGGAACAACGAGACGUGUCCCAGGGCAGCAGUGACAAACCAAGCACAUCAGAGAAAGAGACAAAUGAUACUGCAGCUUCCUCACAGGACGUCAGAGUUGAGGACUUGGCAAAUGUCAACUCUCCUGCUGAACCUUUCUCUGAUCAUGAGUAUAUCAUCAGUGAUGAAGAGCUGGACGAAAGUUUCUCCACUCUUGGUGAUGUUUCAUCUGUUCAGCAGGACGCUCCUCACAGUUCUGACGACUCAGACUCUGAUGAAGGGCCCAAAAAGACUUCGGGGCCCAGGAAGUCUAAGAGGUAUUAUUGUUACGUCUGUGGAAGACCUCAGUCCAAAAGUUCUCGUCACCUCUUUACCCACAGAAACGAACGCCCUGAAAUCGCAGAAGCAUUUGCUCAACGUAAAAACAGCAAAGCACGAAAAAUCCUACUGGCAAAGUUAAGAAAACGAGGAAAUGACCAGCACAAAGAGAAGGUCGGCCAACUGCUAAUCCAACACAGGGGAGCGAACAAGUCUAAAGAACAAGCAGCUUGCAUAUAUUGCAAAGCCAUGUAUGAUCAUAAGGACAUUUGGCAGCAUAUUCAAAACUGUCACAAGAAGACUUCGUCAGCACCAGCUAAAAGUCAGAUCGUAACUCUGGCCGCUGACACCGGGUUACCAGACCCACAACACAUCCCAGAAGACCUGAAGAAGAUGUUGAAAAGACUGAAGAAGGAUGAGGUUGGUGCUGUUGCUCAGAAAGAUCCCUACAUAUUGCAGCUGGCGCAGUAUCUGUACCACACAAUGGACCUGAAAAAUGGUCCAGCAAGUUUCAACCAAAAGGUCAGGCUCAUGGCUAGACUCCUGCUGACACUGAAGAAGAGGUCGAUACAGAGCUUUGAAGAAGCUGUCAAACCCCACAACAUGGACACCGUUGUUGAAGCCGUCGACGAGAUUGCAGCACAAAGAAAAAAGGCAACGUCCUCCAGCAGAGCAUUAAUCUCUUUCAAACUGGGCUCUCUGAUUAGAAAAAUUGCAGAUAUUAGAUACGCCAAAGUUGUGAGAGAGGAGGCUGCUAAAGAGACAAUGCAAGAGGCGGAGACAUUUUUGAAGCUGUGUGCAAAACAAUGGCCCGCCCCGCCUACAAAACUAAGAACAGUCGGUGCAGCGACUGUGCCGUUUGUACACGAUGUGCAAAGUUUUUACAAGUGCUUGGUGGACACGACAGCCUCUGGGAUCCAGUCCCUGACGCUGUAUCAGUUCCCACAGGUCUACACUGCCCUUCUCAAAGCGACGCUCGCACAUGCAGCAAUCUUAAACAGAAAGGCCGAAGACAUUUCAGAGAUAACUCUUGCUUCAUUCAAGGACACAAAGGAAACUGAAUUUCAGGAGGAAACUGCUGGCUGCCAGUCACAUUUAGAACACAUCCUGUCCAUGCACCGCGUGAAAAUCAAUGUCAAGACCAACAAUGACAAAGAGAUCACUCUCACUUUGACCGAUCAGCUGCUGUCUGCGUUCACACUGCUUAUGAACAAGAGAGAAGCUUGUGGCGUGCACGAGAGCAAUCCUUACUUGUUUGGACAGCCUGAAGCGGGACCUGCAGAAUUCCACCAGGCACACAGCUGCAUCAGGUUUCAGCUCCGGCGCUGUGACAGAAAGUGCCAUGAAAGACUUGCCUCUGCGAGGUACUGUGAGCACAUUGUCAGAAUCUUUGAGAUUCUCAGUUUGACAAACGAUGGACUUGAUCAACUGGCCAAACUCCUGGGCCGUGAGAUUCGGACUGACAGCGAGUUUUACCAGACUCCAGAGGCUGCCACAGACGUCGCAAAACUCACAGAGCUUGUACUGGCAAUGAAGAACGGCUCCCUAGGAAAAUUUGAAGGGAAAUCAUUCGAGGAAAUUGAAAUCCCAGAUAAGUUGUACCCUAUUUUGGAGGUGGACAUGUCUUUAAAGACUGGAUCUGAGGAGAACAGUGAAGGUUCAGAAAAGCCUCUUCAGCAGAGCAAAACUAAAACAAGAAGAAAACGUCAAUGCUCAUCUCCAAAGAGAAAUAACAGCGAUACCAGGACAAAGAAAACAAAGGAAGAAACUCAGGGGACUGACGUGCUCAGUGAGGAAGAUGAUCAGAGUGCAGAAAAAGAGGUGAAUUCAGAGAAGGUGUCUGAGAAGACUGACAUCGAUGCACCUGAAGAAGAGGUGGUUCCUCGUAGCAAAAGGACAGAAACACGCAUUUACUUCAGUGAUGACGACGACGAGAUGAACGUGGACUUCGAUGUGGAUUUGGACACUGAUGACGAUGUUAGGCACGAUGAAUCCAGAGACUCUCCAGCAACGCCUGAAGAGACGGAUGGAGAAGAAGACGGCAGUGGGACGAAGAAGGGAGACAAUGCUACUGAUGAUUUCACAGAGAACCACACUGAGGGGGAAGAUGAUUGUGUGGAUCCAAACUGGAAAACUAAAACAACAAGAAAAGGUCAGCACUCCUCUCCAAAGAGAAAAAACAGCCAUACCAUGACAAAGAAAAGGAAGGAAGAAACUCAGAGGACUGACGUGCUCAGUGAGGAAGACGAUCAGAGUGCAGAAAAAGAGGUGAAUUCAGAGAAGGUGUCUGACAAGAUUGACAUCGAUGCACCUGAAGAAGAGGAGGUUCCUCGUAGCAAAAAGACCGAAACACACAUUUACUUUAGUGAUGACGACGGUGACAUGAACGUGGACUUCGAUGUGGAUUUGGACACGGAUGACGAUGUUAGACACGAUGAACCUGAUGAAGCCAGAGACUCUCCAGCAAUGUCUGAAGAGGCGGAUGGAGAAGAAGACAGCAGUGGGGCGAAGAAGGGAGACAAUGCUGCGAAUGCUGAGGAACAAGAUUCAGUGGAAGAAGCUGACGAGGAUGAUGAUUGUAUGGAUGCAAACUGUGGCAACUCUUCUGCAAGUUUAACUCCAGAAAAGAAAAACUUGGCAGAAGUUUUGAAAGCGAUGAAACAGGUGAAGAUCGUGAUCCCAAAACUGGACAUUUCAAAGUUAUCAAAUCAGCUCUGUGGGUCUGGAGAAAAUGACAAGAACCAGACUGAAAAGCCUUCGACGCUAACUGCAGUGGCAGACAGUCCAAGCUAUGCGAAGGCCGUACACAUGAACUGCUCCUGCUGCAAGAAGAGCAUGAAGAAGGGACAAACUGCUUUCCAGAAGAAGGGCUUCAGUGACGUCUUCUGCUCCAAGAACUGUCUGUUUGAAAUGUUUCCUUGCAACAAACAGCCCUCCAGAAAGUGUCACAACUGCCAGAAAGCAAUAACUCAGCCUCUGGACCUCAUCAUGGCAGCUGUGGAUACAAAAGGAUCCAUGAAGGAUUUCUGCAGCACAGCCUGUCUGUGCUCCUUCAAGUCCAACGUUGUCUCCAUUCCAACACCGCCGUCGCUCUGCAGCCUGUGCAAAAAGUCCAGCGCCACCAACUGCGAGUUGACCUUAGAGGGAACCGUCCACAAGUUCUGUGGCGACGCGUGCUUGGAAGAUUUCUGUUGGGAGAAUCUGGGUGAUUGUGAGAAGUGCAGAUCCACCUGCCGAAGCAAACCACUCAUGCUGAAGUUUCAGGGCGGCACCAAAACCAUCUGCAGUGACAAGUGUCUGAAAGAGUUCGCAGAGGGUGCCAUCGCACAACAACAGUGCACCAUGUGCAGCGUCUCUCAGCCAGUGUCUAAGAUGGUGACCUCCAAAACGAGUGGCAACCUGGUGGAGCUAUUCUGCAAUCGUUACUGUGUGGUAUCCUACAGCCUGCGGCCAACCUCGCUUAACUCACCAGAAGGAAACACAGUGCAAACUCGCAGGAGGAAGGAACCAGGGCGGCAAACAAAACGGAAACAGUCUGAGAACACCAAGCCAGACGCCACUGACGCUUCAGUCCCUCCACUGAGCUCUGUCGUGUCUGUCAUCAUGUCACGGUCAUGUAUGGACUGUUGCAAAUGUGGAAAGAAGCUGCUGGAGGGAGAGACGCUUUACCAGCCGAAAAACUUGGAGGAGGUGUUUUGCUCCGUUUCCUGUCUCUCUAAAAAGCAUCCCAGCAUGAUGUUAUACCUCAAGACAUGCUACAACUGCCUUCAAGUAAUAACUAGGCCACACAACAUCAUCCUGGCUCCUGUGGAUAAUUCGGGGACGAAGAAAGAGCUGUGCAGCAAUACUUGUCUCAUUUCUGCCCAGAAGAGGAUGAACUUCACGUCUGUAACACAACCACACCAGCUUCAUUAUAGCUGCGGCAUGUGCUUCAAACGCACCCAUUGCAAGUUCACGUUGACCCUGAACGACAAGCGCCACAGACUCUGCAGUGAGUCCUGCUUCGUCAGUUUCCACAAACUCAACAACUUGCCGGAGACUCUGUGCGACGUCUGCGCCUCCGUCUGCCAAGACAGGAAACUCCUCCUGACGGUGGAGAAUGAGAGCAAAACCAUCUGCAGUGACGACUGUCUGUUCAAGUUCAAAGAGAAAGUUGAAGCUCCUCAGCUUUGCCACAUGUGCCAGACGCCUCACCAGAUGUCCGACAUGGUUGAACUACAAAAUGAUGAAGACGGGCUGGAGUUUUUCUGCAGCAGCAGGUGUUCCAUGAUGUAUAGCUCCCUCUCCUCAGCUAUACCAGAAGAUCUGUCAUGUGAUGAGAAUGAAGUGAAAGACAUUAAACCGCUGCUGAGUUUGGACUGUGUUAAAGAAGAGCCCAUUGAUGAGGAGUGUAACCAGAAUCCUCCGGCCAGUGUGUCGACUCUGGGCAUUAAGAAUGAGCUGUGUUUGAAGGAAGUGAAAAUAAGUCCAGACUUGACCUCAGCAGAGGCCUCCUCGCCUGCAGAACCCACUCCCACGACUUCGUCUGAUUCCUGCUCCGCUUGUAAAAAGAUUCUGAUGGACGGAGACACGAUUUAUCAGAAGAAAGGCCUCCCAGACACAUUCUGCUCCACGGCAUGUCUUUCCAGUUUUCAGCAGAUGAAACAAAGGAAGCAAGCGUGCUGCUUCUGUUUUCAGCCUAUAGCACAGUCUGGGGACAUCUGCCUUCGUGCAGUGGAUGAAGACGGGACAGAAAAGGAAUUCUGCAGCCAAGCCUGCCUUUCCUCCUUCAACCACAAAAAGACUGGAUCCAGCAAAAUUCUCACCGAGCCGUUGGUUUCACAGUCACAGUGCAGCAUGUGCUGCAAAUACUGCAUAAGCAAACGAGAGAUCAUGCUGAAGAACAUUGUCUACAAGGUCUGCAGUGAUCCCUGUUACCUUCGCUUCUGCACCCUGAACAACAUGUCCAUCUGUGAGGUCUGUCUUCGCUGCUGCGACGCGCCACUCCUGCUGAAGACGGAGAACAGCCAAACAGCACUCUGCAGUGCAGACUGUGUGUCUCAGUUUAAGCAGAAAAUCGAAACUCCGCAGCCGUGCGCUCUGUGUCAAACGUCCGUUCCGAUAUCGGAGAUGUAUGAAAACAAAACCAGUGAUAACGUCAUCGAGCUCUUCUGCACCAAAGGCUGUGUGACGGCGUCCAAGAUCCAGGCCGUCAGUGCCUCAGGUGCUGCCUUUGAUUGUGAUAAAUGCGGUCGGACCGCGGUGCCGGCUUGUCAUCUGGCCAUGCCAGACACCACCAUACGGAACUUCUGCAGUCUCGCCUGUGCCGUGGCUUUCAAGAAAGCCCAGAAAAAUAUUGCCGCUGGGGCAGACUCAACAGGAGCCCCGAACCAAACUCAAAGCGAUUCCCACAAAUCUCCACAGAAGCUGCUGUGUCCACAGUGUCAGCGCGUCUUAAAAAGUAUCCCCAAAGUCAUCUACAUGAAGGACAAACUGCUGUUUGUGUGCAGCACCGCCUGUUCUCAAGACUUUCAAAGAGUCAACAUCAUCAGGGGCACGUGUGGAAACUGUAAGAAUGAGCGGAGCAUCAGUGGCAUGAAGAAAGUCGAUGGCCGACUCGUCUCCUUCUGCAGUGACGGAUGUGAGACGCUGAGUCUCCUCGAGCUGGAAAAGACGUGCGGUCAGCGCUUGGGCUCGUGUUCCUGUUGCCUCGCGCGCUUCAGGUCGGCAAAGGGCGCCGGCAAAGGAAAAGAGUUUUGCUCUCAAGAGUGUUGUUCGAAAUACAAAACGCUUCUCAGUAAUAUGGCAAAGUGUGAUUCUUGUGGUCACCAAGGGAAGCUGAAGCAGAGUCUGGCUCUGUUUGGAGAAGUCAAACACUUCUGUGACCUGAAAUGCCUUCUACACUUCUGCAGUAAAGUAGCGCAGAAGGACAUUGCAGAGUUAUUUCCUCUUCAAUCUCCCAACACAACAAAAACCUCUCCUGUCAUCACAAGUGUUGUUUCACUCGCUGAGGCUCUGAUGCGUCGAGCCAAAACCUCAGUGGCCUCUGCCCAGCAUGAUUCAAGAGGAACGUCUCCUGUCAUCACCAGCGACAUCCCAGCCUCUGCACAGAAUGGCAAACAUUCAGGCAAAGCUAAAGUCGUCGGACAUGCCGGCACUCAAACAAAACAAAAGGAAAUGAAGAAUAAAUCCAUGCUCUGCACUCCACUGAUCCACAACAAAGGAGUGUCCUGCACAGCACAGACGGUGGAAACGGAAGUACAAACAGACAAAGUUGAUCCCAGCGUCGUCAUCCUGCCUGUGCCCGUGUACGUUCCUCUGCCGAUGAACAUGUACAGCCAGUACACCCCCACAGCGGUGGCCCUGCCCGUCCCGCUGCCCGUCCCUGUCUUGCUCCCCAUGACGGCAGCCGGCUCCGAACCGACGCCGAAAGAAACGAGCGAAUCCAUCAGUGGAGAUCAAGACCUCAGUCCUGAGACGGAGGCUGGAGAGAACGACAGAAACCAGACAGAAGAAGAAGAAGAAGAAGAGCCACGAGCCCAACAAGGGAGAAAAGAGGGAGAAGGAACCCCCCAACCUGUUUUUAAGAUGGAUUUCCCCUGCUGUUCUGUCCCUGAGCGCCUAACUUCAAACACUCCAGAGGAGAGAGAGGGUCGCCAGCGUUCAGAGAGCCCUCCGCCGGUUCUGCCCCACAACGGCCACCUGAAGGAGGGUUCGGAGCCGCAGCAGUCGCCUGAGACACUUUCGGACGAAGCUUGUUUGAGAGACAAAUCCACGAAGGCACACAAACUGCAGACUCAGUGGGGAGUUGAUGUGUGGAAGUCGUGGGUCCAGUGGAGACAAUCACAGACCAACCCAGGACCCAUUUCCUCAGCCGUGAUGUUGAAGGAAGAAGUCCUCCACUGCUCUGCUGAAGAACUGAGUGAAGGUCUCUGUUGCUUCAUCAAUGAGGUGAAACAAGCCAGCGGGGAGCCGCAGACCCCCGACAAGCUGUUCUACUUCUGCCUCUGCAUUCAGCAGUAUCUGUUUGAGAAUGACCGUACAGAGAACAUAUUCAGCGAUCUGAUCUACAGCAGGUUCUCCUCCGAGUUCACCAAGGUCAUGAAAAGCUUCAAACCCUCACCCACAGGCAGCGGCCCCGUCUCCUGUGUGGAGGAGGAGUUCCUGUGGGAGUGCAAGCAGCUGGGAGCCUACUCCCCCAUCGUCCUCCUCAACACUCUGCUCUUCUUCUCCUGUAAAUACCUGGGCUUCACCUCGGUGGAGCAGCACCGCAGGCUGUCCUUCACAUACAUCAGAAGCUCCAACAGAACCAAGGGCAACGUGAAGACCGCCUCCCUGCGCUUCUACACACCCAAAAUAAGAGCCCAGGCAGAGCCGGAUACAGACGGCGUCCCUGCCAAGAAACGUAAGAAAAAUGAGGAGAAGGGAGAUUUUGUUGAGAUGAUUGAAAACUCGGAGAAUCCGCUUCGCUGUCCAGUCAGACUCUACAAGUUCUACCUCUGCAAGUGUCCACAGUCUGUGAGGGAGCGCAGCAAUCUCUUCCACCUUUGCCCAGAUUACAGCUGCGUUCCCAGCAGCCCUCUGUGGUUCUCACCGACGCCCCUGGAUGACGCCACCAUGGAGGCCAUGCUCGCACGAAUCCUCGCUGUCCGAGAAAUCCUGCAAAAAGACUGAGGAACCAGGCGCAUUCGGGUCUGACGAAGGCAAUAAGAAGGCAAUAAGCUUUUUACUGCUGUUGUUGACAGGUUGUUUUUGUUAAACCCUCAAGAAGUCAUUCCGCCAGGGGCUGCUUUCUCACAUAUACAGUAUGUGAAAAGAGAGCAGAUCUGUGACCUUAUUGUCCGGGAGUCCAGAGAAACUGAUCAAGCUGCUGAAUGCACAGAAGUUUAUGUUUACAGACAGGUUAAUUUGUCAACUUGAGACGUCCAAUCACAUGCUGAGGAUAAGAGGGAGUUUUAUUUUAGUGCAGGCAGCUUUUCUGUUUGUUUUUUGUUUGUUUUGUUUGUUUGUUUCUCUUUAGUUUUGGUUCCACUUUACUUUAAAU